AUGAACACCACCAAACCCUCAACCAAGUCACGUAAGGUGGCCCAUCCACCGCAGAGUAGAAAGGCGACCAGACGUACUCCGCCAACCGAGUCCACAUCCUUGCCUGCGCACAAGAAGCAAGAGCUUGCGCUCGAGGCUGCUACUGGUACCCAGGCCCAGGACCCCUCGAAGCAGCACAAUCGCAUACCCAACGAGGAGACUCGCGACUCAAAUGGAAGUGAUGAAAGCGCAGGCAAGUGGUUCGACAAAGCCAACAAGCACGGCCCGCAAGGCCAAAGAGAGUCUCCCUCCACGGAUGGCGACCCUCCAUUCUUCCUGGGUAACCAGCGACAGUACUAUCCCAAUAACUUCGUGUCAUCAGGGAGCGACGAUGAAAUGUUUGGUGGUGAGCAACAUCGCGAUGACAGCGAGAACGAAGACCUCCGCGGUGUCAUCGACGACCUCACUGUCGAGAACAAAAGACUGAAGAUGUUACUCAAGACAACACGUUCUCUACCAAGCUCGUCGUCGUCGGACGCUCGGGCACAAGACCGCCUUUUCGACCUUAGAGUCCACGGCCUCAGUGUGAGCAAGAAGCGUGAGCUUGAGUCGCUACUGCGGAAUUUUGCGACAAGCCUCCAUGCCACUUCCAACCCCAGCUCCUCAGCUACUCAUGAUCCGGAUCCGUCCCGGGCCAAGUCCACAUUACUACCUACGGACUCUGGCUACGCCUCCAAUUCCACUUCGGGCAUGAACACCGCGCCACAUGUUUUGAGCGGACAACCUGAACCCAAGACGUCUAAGCGAGCGAGAACUACGAAGAUACAGAACUAUCUGCAUGACAUACCUGACACUCUCCUGCCGAAGCCCUCACCUACAAUGUCCAAAAGAGCCAAAAUGGCAUUGGUAGUGCGCCGGUUAGAAAAUCUGUUCACUGGUCGUGUCGCGGCACCUGGCGACCACAGUCAGCCAAUCCAGCAGCAAGAGGUGUCACGCCUCGCAGCUCAUGCCGAUGAUCCUGCGAGUCGGCCACGCGGCGUCGAGGGAUCGCGAGAGGCCCAUAUGUUGCCACAGGACACAAAGGUCAAUCUUGAUGCCUUCGAACGUGAGAACCCUUCACCACCACUCAAGAAGCCAAGGCUGGGCUAUGAACUCAGCACACAGUCGGAAGGCCACAGCGCUGCCCCAAGCCGUCCUGGAUCCCCUGCAGAACAGAGACCAACGAGACCGCUGGACUUGGAUAUCCAUCGUGCACAGGUAGCCGACGAGAACAUUCAGUAUCUCCGACACCUCGGCAUGUCGUCACCACAGGUCAUUGUACCUCAUGAUAAGUCAGGCUCUGAAUCGAGAUGGGUAUACCUCAAUCUCCUUAUCAGUAUGGCGCAGCUCCAUACCAUCAACGUUACCCCUUCCUUCAUUCGACAGGCUAUCCGGAAAUUGAGCACCAAAUUCCAAUUGUCUGCGGAUGGGCACAAGGUUCGCUGGAUUGGUGGUCCAGGAGCCACCGUGUUCUCGAAGGAGGAGGAGCAAGCUAUGAUAUAUCAUGACCCUACCCCGGCGGAGCUCAACGACGACACUGGUGGCACAAGCAGCAAGAGAUCCAAGACCAACAGCUCCUCGAACAAUCUCGUCUCAGAGGAGCCGUCCUCGGAGGACAAGACGAGCGCUCUCAAUACCAGCGACGCUUCGAAGCCCAAGGUGUCCACUGCCGCGACGUCCAAUAUGCUGACAGAACCAACAAGAAGCAAAGUAGCGGUGUCGCCGUUUGACUAUAAGCCUCUGGUGUACAAAGGAAGACGGUACUCUCCGGCGAUCUCGUACCUGGAGUCUUCCGAAUCUUCGCAUAGUAACUCUCACGACUCAAGUGGUCUGGUGCAUGCGUUGAGCAAGUCAAAUCUGAAUCGACGUGGUUCGGACGAUGGCAUGAUCACCUUCUACCAGAAUCCUUACUUCUGUGCGGAUCUCAGUGCAGACCAUGCCCCAACGAAUUGGGUCGCACAACGGAAGGCUCUGCCAUGGGAUACCUUGGGCUUGAUGCCCGACCCACUUGACGAAUCUCCACUUCGCCAUCACGAUGCCUGCUAUUUCACACCACAGUUCGCACCGAAGGCAUAUCAACCUGGCCCAAACGAGCAGGAUUUGCACUGCGACAUGCCGCCAGUGAGGUCAGGUGGCGAGAUUGAGACGCUGCCGCACGAAUUUGUGGUAUGCGGCAUCGGUGGUGUGGUCCCGGAGGACAACUUUGCGCUCGAUGUGAAGAUCCUGCGUAGGGUGGCAGGGUCUCAGCGGCCGACGCUGGCUUACAAGGUGCCAUUCACUGGUUCUCGAAAGAGAAAGAGGUACGUUUACGAGGUCGACGAUUGCGACAAGUACGACCUACAGCCGUCGAAAUUGCCGCCGCCCAGUUACGUCUUCUUCACCGCGAGCAGCUCUUCAGAUGAUCCCGACAUGCUGGACAUGUCUGACUCGGACGAGACGAGCUCAGAAGCAGCAGAAAUCAACGCACCACCGCCAGCUUUCCUGAACCAGUGGUCAACGGAGUCGGACGACGAUUCAGACGACAUGUCUUCCGUUGAUAUGCUCGAGAUGGCUAGAGCGGCUGACCCAGACCGAGUCGCGGCCCAGGAACGCGAGUUUCUGCUCAAUCAAGCGCCAACCAGAAGAAUCGAAGGCAGUUUGGCGGCAACCGUUGGCGGGAGCAGAUUUGGAUCGUCACGAGGAGGCAACGAGGUGCCUGAUCGUGCUUCGAGUAUGGAUGUCGAUGACAGCGACAGUUCUGAUGAAAAAUGA